UUAGCGCACAGUUUUCUGUAAAUCAGAGUCGACCCAAGGAAACAAUCAUGGGUGAUAAUGGCAUUGAUGUGACAGAUACGCCGUUAGUCGAUGAUCAAAAAACUCUUAUUCUGGAACCUAUUACUUCUGCUCCAGCAGAUAGAAAAAGGAAAAUAAAAAAUAAAGCAAUAGUUGAUAGGAGAAUUGUACUUUUGGAUUCUCAACAAUCUACUUUAUUAAAGAAGGCUCCAGGGAUAAAGAGAACCCCAUCCAGCAGGAUAAAAAUUGGCUGUUUGGAGACUACCUUUGCUGUGCCAGGCAUGCCUAAUGCUAGUAGCAGGGUUCUGUCAAAGUAUCAGGGAGUUUUUGAGACUUCAGCAGUAGAGCAAGAAUCGGCUGAAACUGUCACUACAGAGCAAUCUGAAGACAGUUCAAGCAUAAGAAAGAACAAAACACCAAUCAAAGCUCAAGCAUUACCUGUAGCCAGGAGAGAUAGUAGAAAACAUGCUACACCCAAGGUGGCAGAAAAUGUGCCUUUAGUCUCUAGCUCCCCAGUGUUAGCACCUGAAAAAGAAAAUGAUCAAAAUUCAUCAGCAACUGUUGAGACUGCUAUCAUCACAGAUGUGACAGAAGCUAAAGGUGCAGAACAGCCUGCACAGCCUGCUGGAAGAACACCUAGUGGGAAGCGGAAUAGAACUAUGUCACCAGUCAGUAAGGGUGCUGAUGCCAUCACUCCCAUCAAGGAGACACAGACUACAGGUGCUAAAGUUAAUAAAAAAGUUGGCUUCAAUGUUCCUGUUGCUCUGGAGAAUUCAGUAACUAAAAGAGGCAGAGCUAGACUGCCUAAAGUAGUGUCUGAGGUGGAUAAAACAGUUCCUAGUGUGGUACCAUCUAAAUCUAGAAACCGCAAAACUGCAGAAACAAUUGUUGAAGACAUACCAGUACCUGUUCUUGUCACAGAGGUUGCACCUCCCUCUAGGGGAAGGCGAAAAGCUCCUGUGGUCGCUGAGGAAGUUCAUGUUAUUACUGAAUCUGAAGAAAAAACAGUAGCGGCUCCCUCACAGGGCAGGCGAAAAACUCCUGUGGUAACAGAGGCAGUACCAGUGCCCAUGGUUUCUAAAACAGCAACAGUAGAAGAAAAACAAGUUGUAGCUGCUCCUCCCUCUAGGGGCAGGCGAAAAACUCCUGCGGUGACCGAGGAAGUUCCUGAAAUAACUGAAUCUGAAGAAAAAACAGCUGCAGCUGCUCCUCCCUCUAGGGGCAGGCGAAAAACUCUUGCGGUGACCAAGGAAGUUCCUGAAAUAACUAAACCUGAAGAAAAAACAGUUGCAUCAGCUCCUCCCUCUAGGGGCAGGCGAAAAGCUCCUGUGGUGUCUGAGGAAGUUCCUGUAGUUACUGAAUCAGUACAAGUUCCUGCUACUGCUUCUACAAGAGGAAAACGGAAAAAUGCUGUAGUGCCAGAGCAAGUACCAGCACCUGUGGUUUCUGAAUCACAGGUAGCAGAAAAACCUGUUGCUGCUGCAGCCCCCAGUAGAGGAAGGAGAAAAAAUGCUGAAGCAACUGUAGAGGCACCGAUUCCUGUAACUGCUGAAGUACAAUCACGGUCUACUAAGAGGGGGUCAAAGGUCAUUGAAGCGAUUUCCCCUGUAAAGCCAAGGGGUAGAAGAGCUGCUGUUUCUCCAGUUAAAGAAAUGGUUGUCAGUGACACCCUGAAGAAAAAAUCUGGUUCUGAUGGCCAGGAACCUGAAGUUAGAAAAGCUAGAGGCAUACAAAAUAAAGCUAAUGAACCCCUUCCCAAAUCAGGAAGUCAGAGCAAUAAAGAGGUGCCUGUUACUGAGACAGUGAGCAUUCAAGCAACCAGAAAGGGUAGAGGAAAACAGAGUGCAGAGCUGGCAGCAAACAUUCAAGAAUUACCUACUGCUGAGCCCCCACCGACAAGAAAUUCACAAAUUGAAAAGGCAGCUGAGGUUGUUGAUGUACCUACCAUUACCCAGGAGACAGCAGCAAAAAAAGGAAGAGGCAGACAAGCUGCAGUUUCUUCAGUAACUGAGGCGCCAAAAAACACUCCACCUCUUGAGGAACCCCAGGAGAAAUCUAGAAACAGCUGUGCAAAAAAUGCUAGUGAAGUACCAGUUGUUGAACAGGCAUCUGCUAGUGGUAAGCGCAAGAAUCCUUCAGAAACAGUGGAAGUUCCAGUACCUGAAAUCUCUGCCAUUUCAAAGCCUAUGAGACAAAAAUCUAAGGGACAAAGUGCUGAGGCUGUAGUAGCUCAGAGUAAACAGACAACACCAUCUUCUUUUGAUAAUUUUGGAAAUGGAAACUCCAAGUUGACUCCUAGUAGUUGA